AUGGCUCGCGGACAACAAAAGCUGCAGUCACAGGCCAAGGCUGCGGAGAAGAUCUCCAAACUGAAGAAGCAGCAGGGGCACAGUGCCACGGAACAGAAGAAGGCUGCGCAGAAAGCUCUGGUGCACGUUUGUGCCAUUUGUAAGGCUCAGAUGCCCGACCCCAAGACUUACAAACAACAUUUUGAAAACAAACACCCCAAGAACGAUCUACCUGAAGACUUGAAGUCUAUUUAAAUGAGAUGCAUAUUUGUCACCACGACACCAACGAUCGACGCCAAGCGAGCGAAGUCGUGAACUCCCGGGCGGCCGCUGCGAUGGUGUCGUGGAGACAGAUAAGGCGACACAGCUUAGGUUUAUUUUUUUUAUUUAUAAGCGCAGUUCACAAGUUUCCAUCCGGCGGUCGGCCGCCUACAUCUUCUCGUAGGUCUCUCGGUGUCCGCACGCGCACUCGCGCCGGUACUCGUCGGCGUCCGCGUCGUACGUCUCGGGCCCGAAGGCGUGCUCGUGCCCCUCGCGCGCGCCCGCGAACAGGCCGGAGCGCGCGGCCAGGCGCAGCGCGCGCAGGCGCCGCCCCGCCGCCUUGUGCUCGGCACGCUCGCGGCGCUCGGCGCGCGCGGCGCGCUCGCGCUGCAGACCGUCGCGCCCGCCCCACACGGCGCACGCGCGCUCCUCCAGCUGCGCGCGCAGGUACAGGCGCAUGGGCGGCGCGCGCGCGCGGUGCGGGUUGGGCCGGCUCAGCGCGCGCAGCGGCGGCGGGCGCGCGUCCAGGUCGCAGUCCUGCAGCAGGAACUCGCUCUUGGCCUGCGUGCGCGGCAGCAGCGCGUGCGCGCCCGCGUCGUCCCUGCGGCAGACGGACGAGAUGGCACCGGCCCGGACUUUGAACUCAUACAUUUUUUACUUAUUAAAUUGAUUAAUCUAUUGCAAA